AGCAGGAGGCAACCGCACCGCGGCUCGUUUUCCUCCCCGCCGGCUCAACAAAAACCAACGCGACGCACGCCAGCCCGGCCGUCGCCACCCACGCCAGCGCCGCCCUUCACCUCACCGGCACGCCUCCCACGCGCCGCGUGCUCCUUUUCGCGCCCGGCUCGUGGGAUGUGCCAUCUGCUCCUGCCCCACCGCCUCCUCUCCUCCUCCCCCGCCAUGGCUCGCGCUUCCGUCUCCGGCUCCGCCGCCGCGGCCAAAGCCCUGCUCCCCUUAAACCCCGCCCGCGGCGCCCGCCUCCCUUCCCUGCUCCCCACGGCGCGCCGCCUCCCUGUCCCCGGGGCCGGCCGCGUGUUCCGCGGCGCCUCGCUCCGGUGCUAUGCCGCCGCCGCCGCGGUGGUGGCCGAGCAGGGCCGCAUCAAGGUCCAGAACCCCAUCGUCGAGAUGGACGGGGAUGAGAUGACGCGGGUCAUAUGGAGUAUGAUAAAGGAUAAGCUCAUCUUCCCGUACCUGGAGCUGGAUGUGAAGUACUAUGAUCUUGGGAUUCUCAACAGGGACGCCACCAAUGAUGAGGUCACCGUCGAAAGUGCUGAGGCUACAUUGAAGUAUAAUGUAGCUGUUAAGUGCGCAACAAUCACGCCUGAUGAGACAAGAGUCAAAGAGUUUAAACUCAAGUCUAUGUGGCGGAGCCCAAACGGCACAAUAAGAAAUAUUCUAAAUGGGACUGUUUUUCGUGAACCCAUCUUGUGUAAAAACAUCCCACGUAUACUGUCUGGCUGGAAGAAACCAAUUUGCAUAGGAAGGCACGCCUUUGGUGACCAGUAUCGAGCAACUGAUAUGAUUAUUAAUGGUCCAGGAAAGCUCAAGAUGGUAUUUGUGCCUGAUGGGGCUGAGCCGGUGGAGCUGGAUGUCUAUGAUUUUAAAGGACCUGGUGUGGCGUUAUCGAUGUAUAACGUGGAUGAGUCUAUUAGGGCUUUUGCUGAAUCUUCUAUGGCUAUGGCACUUUCCAAAAAAUGGCCUCUUUAUCUCAGCACCAAGAACACAAUCCUAAAAAAGUACGACGGAAGAUUCAAAGACAUCUUCCAGGAGGUAUAUGAAGAGAACUGGAAGGAGAAGUUUGAGGAGAACUCAAUAUGGUAUGAGCAUCGGUUGAUUGACGACAUGGUAGCCUACGCUGUAAAAAGUGAGGGUGGGUACGUGUGGGCAUGCAAAAAUUAUGAUGGAGACGUGCAGAGCGAUUUCCUGGCCCAAGGUUUUGGAUCGCUGGGUUUGAUGACAUCAGUGCUGUUGUCUUCUGAUGGGAAAACAUUGGAGGCUGAGGCUGCUCAUGGGACUGUCACAAGACAUUUCAGGUUACAUGAGAAGGGGCAGGAGACGAGUACCAACAGUAUUGCCUCUAUAUUUGCUUGGACUCGUGGACUAGAACACAGGGCAAAGCUGGAUAAAAAUGAUAGGCUGCUGGAUUUUACACAGAAACUUGAAUCUGCAUGUAUUGAAACUGUGGAAUCUGGCAAAAUGACGAAGGACCUUGCACUUCUUAUCCAUGGCCCCAAGGUAACAAGGGAGUUCUACCUGAGCACCGAAGAGUUCAUCAACGCUGUCGCUCAGCAGUUGCGAGGAAAGAUUCAGGAACCAGCUGCGGUGCAAUCCUGAGCUUGAUGUCUGAAACCGAGUGAGCCAUGUUCACUGUGAAUUAGUUCAUUGACGCUGUCGCUCAGCAACUGCUAGGGAAGAUUCAGACAUCAGCUGCGGUGUAAUCUUGAGCUUGAAGUCUGAAACCGAGUGAGACAGUUUCACUGUGCAUUCGGCGCGCAUUUUGAUCGGGGUGACGAGAUGGAUCUCAGAAACAAAAUUUCUUUUUUUUUGCGGUUAUUAUACAAACAUUUCAUGGCUUGGUAAAUAAUGGUCCAAAGAUCAACGAAUUCAAAGCAACAUUGAACACAACAUGUUGCUAGUUUAGCCGUCCAGUAUGUUUUUUUUUCCAUUUUCCAGAAUUUUAUCUGACCAUACUUGCAUGAGCAUGAGCUUUGAGUUUGGUGCUCUUCUGAAUACGCGCUUGAGUUGCAAGGUGUA